CGGACGCGUCCUCGACAAUUUCAUAGGAAUGCUGGCGCGGAAGAUCGUGCCACGACCGUCCGCAGCGUCUCAAGCGGGGUAUGCCCGACUUCCGGGCGAAGCCUUUGCUCCAGAACUGCCGUCGCCCGAUAUCGUCAUCUAUCGACUCGGCGGACGGUGGUCCUAUGUUCCACGCGCGGUAUCGUACGAGCAAGCAAUCGAUUACGUAUACUGUGCCUUCCCUGAACUGCGUCCCAUUGUUCGAGAGCAGCUCUCGUUCAUGAUCACAGUACCAAGACAGUUCGACAGAGCGAUCAUCACCCCUCAAUUUUGGAACUCAGGUACGUGAAUGGCGCACUGAUAUGACAGAGCUCUGAAGUAAAUUGCUCAGUUGUACCGACGAUGAAUCGUUUCGGGAUCAUUGAUAUCGUGGUUAGCGAUCCCAAAACUCCGCUGCUGCUGCGACAAUCCCGCCGGUCGCAUGACUUGACGUACCCGCGUCACGAUGUCGAAUGGAACCCGGAUCACCAAGGGCUUCCUACGACAAGGCCGCAUGCUAUCGGGCAUCGAACAUCGCGGCACCGACCUCUCCACCGAAACUCUUCCACCUCGCUCACUAGCAGAGCAGUCGAGCACGAUCCUGCGACGUCGUACUCUUCGCAUCAACUCAUC